GUAGCCUCUUGACAGAACAGGCUGGGCUGACUCUUACUACAUAUUUUCUUAAUCAAGAGAUAUAAAAUUACACAACCUUUUUUUUCCUUCGUUGUCUAUCCAUCUACAAAUGAGAAGUCUAAUCCUGCUAAUGCGUGUGCACAUGCGUAGCUUCACURGUGUGACUAAUCCUUUCAAACUGAGUGAACUACUUUGUGGAGGAAAGAAAACAACUCUGCAGCAUGACAUUCGAAGAUUUUGAGAACUACUCUUAUUUCUACGAUCUGUCUGAGGAGGAUGAGUCACCCCAGUACUCCCUCAGCAUCGCCCAUAUUAUUUCCCUUUUCUUUUACAGUGUGGCAUUUCUGCUGGGAGUGCCAGGUAAUGCCAUUGUCAUCUGGUUUAUGGGCUUUAAGUGGGAUAAAUCYGUUUCCACACUCUGGUUUCUGAAUCUGGCCAUCGCAGAUUUCAUUUUUGUUCUCUUCCUGCCCCUCUACAUUACAUACGUGGCAAUGGGCUUCCACUGGCCUUUUGGGAAGUGGCUGUGCAAAAUGAACUCAUUCAUUGCACUGCUUAAUAUGUUUGCCAGUGUUUUCUUCCUGACAUUCAUCAGCCUUGACCGCUACAUCCGCCUCGUCCACCCGGUUUUUUCCUACAAAUAYAGGACUGUGAAGAACACCCUCGUUCUGAGCGGGAUCAUUUGGAUGUCAGCUGCAAUUAUUGGUGGCCCUGCCUUAUACUUCAGAGACACAGCUACAGUUCUCAACAAUGUCACCAUUUGCUACAACAACUUCCAYGUGCACGACAGAGAACUUAUUUUGCUGACACAUCACAUUCUCAUUUGGGUGAGGCUUGCGUUUGGUUACCUGUUUCCUUUAGUGACCAUGGUGAUUUGCUACUCGCUGCUGAUUGUCAAAGUGAAGAGGAGAACUGUAUUAACUUCUAGCAGGCUUUUCUGGACCAUCAUUGCUGUAGUUGUAGCUUUUUUUSUCUGCUGGACGCCRUAUCAUAUAUUCAGCAUUGUGGAGCUGUCAGCUCACCACGAUGAAAACUUGCAUGACUUGCUGCAGGAUGGCAUUCCCCUCUCCACUGGCCUUGGUUUCAUCAACAGUUGCCUCAAUCCCAUCCUCUAUGUUCUGAUAAGCAAGAAGUUCCAGGCACAGGUGAAGAGCACAGUCUCUGAGGUGCUGAAGCUGGCCCUGUGGGAGGUGAGCCGCUCAGGAACAGUCAGUGAGCAGCUCUGGAGUUCAGACAAUGCACCCGUGCACUACUGUGAAACUGCCCAGUGACUGCUCCUGUCACCAACUCUCUCCAUAAAAGCUGACAGCAGAUUUGGAGGCGUUCUUCACUUCACAUCUGCCAGUCAAAUGUGCAUCUUUGCAUAGACAGUUUUCUGUAAACAGCUGGCUUAAUUGCACUUGCUGCUUUAAUUGAAAGGUUUUGAGGGGACACAUGAUUUGGAUGUGUGUCCUUGCAACUCACAUACAGCCUGAACUGAAAGUUGUCAGCAUAAGUGGAAUUACUCUUACUGGGCUCUUGAUGAGGAAUGUUAUAAUCCUGUUGUUUUGCUGUGGUUCCAUAACUCAUUGAUAUCAAAAGAGCACAUAAUAAAAAUAUUCCUCCUUGCCAUUGCUGAUGCCACUCUUAAUUGAGGCAUUCUUAUCCAAGAGGUUGUGGCUGUGAUCAGUGGGUCAUGAGUGUCCUGAUUGCCUACUUCUGCCUCAAGGAGCAAUCCCCUGGCUACAUCCCACCUAAGUGAUGCUAUCAGCAGCUCCACUCUGCAGCUGGAGAAGAAUCCCAAAAGAAAGAACACUGAAUUGCCUCCUUCUAUUGUCAAAAAAGAAAAAUACGGAAAUAAAACCUGUCUUAUACUCAAAUACCUGUCUUAUACUCAAAACAAAGACAGGUCCCUUAUUCUUAUGUUUUUAGCACCAGCUGGGUGCAAAAUACAGAGCAGAUGUUUCAUAUAGGUAUUAGGCUCAUUUGAAAUGUGCAAAGAAUUAGUGAAAAUAUUUCUUACAGCUUCUGUGCCACACUUCUUUUUCUAUUUUUAGAAUUUUAGUCUUACAGAGGUUUACAACUAUUGAUUCCUCUUUAUUGCUCUUUCAAGCAAAGAGAAAUAAUACGACAUUUUGUUUGCCUUAAUGUCAAGCUUAAAAAAAUGGGUGGAGUGAAUUCCUCAGUAUUCUAACUCUGUAGCCAAAUUCAGACAUCUUUUCCAAAUAAGAGGCAAGACAGUUCAUCCAGGAAAUGAAGUCCACUCCCAUAAGAAAGAUGAAGUAGUCCCAGUUAUGCUGUCUUCUGUUCCAACCUGUUGCUUGUCAUAGAAUCACACU